CCGUCCUCCCCUCUCCACACCCCAGCACCCCUUCGCCCUCCCCAGGUUCCAAACGUGACUCUGAACGUCCCUGAGGGCCUUGCUCUGUGAUCUGAGCGUGUGAGGCUUCCCCUCGGUUCUGCUCUGCGGAGUCACGCAGCGUCGUGCAGGAUAAGCGUGCCGGGGGUAUGUCCUGCUGCCUCGAUUGCCAGAGGAAGGGACUGGGCCUGAGAAGAGGGGUGACAUGUCCAAGGUUACCAGGUCUGUAGGUGGGAUUGCAAACGGGACUCGGACUCCCGGGACAAGUUUGUACACUGUAUUACCAUCAUGUCAAAGUAAGCUUCUUAAUAAGAAGCUUUUCAGCAGCUCGUCAGUUACAUAUAAAUAAUUUAAGAACUUAGCAAUGCCCGAGUGUAUCUCUUUACUCAGAGCAUCCUGUGGAUUUCCUUACAUGGUUAAAAGAGGUAGUAAUAAAAUAGAUGAGUGUAACAAAAUUUCUUUUUUUACCUUAUGUUUAUUGGAAGAUUAUUUCAAUAGGUUUCAGUGUUCAUUCACAAAUAAGAAUGUAUUUACUCGCCACAUAAUCAUGUGGGAGUUACAGACAUACAGGUGGGUGGUCCCCCCAUCAUUCUUCCAGUGACUUCUGAAGGUUUAAAGGGACAGUCUCCUAUAGGAAUCUUCAUGGAACUUUCUGGGUAAGUUUUCAUGCAGAAAAGUACUUCCUCAGCCGGCCGGAUCACUCGUAACUUUGUUGCUUGCAUUUUCUUUCUCCAGGUCUGCCUCCUCUCUCACAGUCCACAUUUUUCCAAGAGCAGCGGAAAAUGAAUAAAUUUCUGGGACCGGUGUCAUUCAAGGACGUGGCAGUGGACUUCACCCAGGAGGAGUGGCAGCAGCUGGACCUUGUGCAGAGGACAACCUACCGGGACGUGAUGCUGGAGAACUAUAGCCACCUGGUUGCCUUGGGGUGUCACGUUGUCAAACCGGAAGUUAUCAUCAAGUUGGAGCAAGGAGAAGAGCCAUGGAUAGUAGAAGGAGAAGUCCUACUUCAGAGUUACCCAGAAGUCUGGAAAGUCAACCUGAUAGAGGGAGUCCAGGAAAGUGAAGGCAAACAUUCGAUCCAAACUGUAUCCAUCAGCAACAAAACCCUGAGUGAAGAGAGAGGUAAUGUUCUUAGCAAGACUUUUAAUGUGGAAACAAACCCUGUUCUUUCAAGAAAAAUAUCCUAUAAAUGUGACUCAUGUGAAAAGAGUGUAAAGUCGAUUUCAGAAUAUAUUAGUAGUGAUGGAAGCUAUGCAAGAAUGAAACCCGAUGAAUGUAGUGCAUGUGGGAAAUCACUCCUCCACGCGAAGCUUGAGAAAACUCAUCCAGGAGACAGAUCUUAUGAAUUUAAUCAAAAUGGGGACACUUAUACUCUAAAUGAAGACAGCAUCUAUCAGAAUGUGCAUAUUUUGGAGAAACCCUUUGAAUAUAUUGAAUGCCAGAAAGCCUUUCAAAAGGAUACAGUUUUUGUUAAUCCAUUGGAGGAGAAGCCCUAUAAAUGGAAUGAAUCUGAAAUAGCCUUUCUCCAAAUGUCAAACCUCAGUGUACACCAGACAUCUCCUAUGGAAAUAAAACCCUAUGAAUGCAGUGCAUGUGGAAAAUCCUUCUGUAAAAAGUCAAAAUUUAUUAUACAUCAGAGGACUCAUACAGGAGAGAAACCUUAUGAAUGUAAUCAGUGUGGAAAAUCCUUCUGCCAGAAGGGAACCCUCACUGUCCAUCAGAGAACACACACAGGGGAGAAGCCCUAUGAAUGUAGCGAAUGUGGGAAAACCUUCUACCAGAAGUUACACCUCAUUCAACACCAGAGAACCCACUCAGGAGAGAAGCCGUAUGAAUGUAGUUAUUGUGGAAAAUCCUUUUGCCAGAAGACACACCUCACACAACACCAGAGAACGCAUUCAGGAGAGAGACCCUAUGUUUGUCAUGAUUGUGGAAAAACCUUCUCCCAGAAGUCAGCACUUAAUGACCAUCAUAAGAUUCACACAGGUGUGAAACUCUAUAAGUGUAAUGAAUGUGGGAAAUGUUUCUGUCGAAAGUCUACUCUCACUACACAUCAGAGGACACACACAGGAGAGAAACCCUACGAAUGUAAUGAAUGUGGAAAAUUUUUCUCUCGGUUAUCAUAUCUCACUGUACAUUAUAGAACUCAUUCAGGAGAGAAACCCUAUGAAUGUAAUGAGUGUGGAAAAACCUUCUACCUAAAUUCAGCCCUCAUGAGACAUCAGAGAGUACACACAGGAGAGAAACCAUAUGAAUGUAAUGAAUGUGGAAAAUUAUUCUCCCAGUUGUCAUACCUCACUAUACAUCAUAGAACUCAUUCAGGAGUGAAACCCUAUGAAUGUAACGAAUGUGGGAAAACCUUCUACCAGAAUUCAGCCCUUUGUAGACAUCGGAGAAUACAUAAAGGAGAGAAGCCCUAUGAAUGUUACAUAUGCGGAAAAUUCUUUUCUCAGAUGUCAUACCUCACUAUACAUCAUAGAAUUCAUUCAGGAGAGAAACCUUAUGAAUGUAAUGAAUGUGGGAAAACCUUCUGCCAGAAUUCAGCUCUUAAUAGGCACCAGAGGACGCACACAGGAGAGAAGGCCUAUGAGUGUUAUGAAUGUGGAAAAUUCUUCUCUCAAAUGUCAUAUCUCACUAUACAUCAUAGAAUUCAUUCUGGAGAGAAACCCUUUGAAUGUAAUGAAUGUGGGAAAGCCUUCUCUCGGAUGUCAUACCUCACUGUACAUUACAGAACUCAUUCAGGAGAGAAGCCCUAUGAAUGUAGUGAAUGUGGGAAAAAAUUCUACCACAAAUCAGCCUUCAAUAGCCAUCAGAGAAUCCAUAGGAGAGGGAAUGUAAAUGUAAUUGAUGUGGGAAGGCUUCUCUGAAGUCAGACCUUAUUUUAUGUCAAGAACCCUUUCAAAAUAAUGUAUAAGGAACUCCUACCAUUGUAAAUCAGUUCACACAGGGGAAAGUGGAUCAGCCUUUGUGCAUUAGUCAGGUUUGUAAUCUGAAAGUUCACAGGGUAAAAACCACGAUUGCCACAAGACCACGUGACUUGUUGGAUACUAGAUUACACAGGAGCAAAAGUUUAUAAACCUGUAGAAUGUAUAUACGUUUCACUGUGGAUUCAAACUGUUUUACAUAUCAGGGAAUUCAUACCAAUGGGAAUCUGUCAUUUUAAGAAAUGUGGAAAACAUACUCCUUUAGAAAUUGUUAAUACUAAAAGUUAUGUUUCUGAUGUAUCAAGCUUUUUGUAAAAAAAAAAAAACUUGUGAAUAAAUGUACACCUCAUGUAAAUAGAAGCUGUAAAAAUCAGACGGCUAAUCAAGACAGCAACACAGCCACAUUAAACUCAUAUAGGUAGUUCCUGAGGAUGUAGGACUUUUUGUUUGCUUGCUUUUUAGGAUGCUACAUUACAGGAAUUAUAUGUUCAUUCUAAAUCAUGUUUGAAAAGGCAUUGUAUCCUUUUUAGAAUAACUUGUAAGACACGGUAAGAUUACUCAUUUUAAAUGGCACCACCACGUUAGCAUCUUAAUAUGCAGUGUCAUUGAACUAAUAUUCAAUAGGUAUAAAGUAUGCUGCUGCUUGUACUCUUCUCUAGCACUUACGAUUGUAUUUGAUUGUUAAUGAACUAAAUCUUCCCUAAAGAAGUCAAUGUUUUUUAUAAUGUUUUCGACUGUAUUUGAGUCAACAAGAGAUAGAAAUGUAUGUGUAAAAUAGAUAGAAAAAAACUGAAUAAGUAGUUUUAAAUUGUUAAUGCCCAAAGUCUCCAGUAGUGAGAAACAAUUGUAGUGCUCAUUAAACUCUGUACAGUUUUUAAAUGUACUUAAAAUAGUCCCAUUUUUAUCUGACUUUUUUCAUCUGUUUUUUAUUUAGAUCCUACAUAAGUGUGCAGUAAUGUUUUUAAACACUGCACUCCUGUUCCUAAGCGAGUUAAGACUAUGUUCAUAGGGCUACUUGUGGCUGACAUUGUUGAGUGCCCGCCCUAGCCACCCGUUCCUUACUUUUCACUGGCAGAGUUUGCAUAUCCAUAUCUCCUCGUGGAACGGGGAUAAAUCCUGAAUGGUUUCAACGAAUAAUGAUAAUCUGUCAUUGUCAGCAAAGGAGUGGUAAUAGGAUCUAAUGGUAGACACAUAAAAGAGGUAUCAGACAGGUUAUUUCUGGAGCAGGUUUCCUCAAAGAUUCAAGGAAGGCUGCAGGGUAAAGUGGAGUCUUGUGUUGACCAUCUCCUUGUCAGGAUGUGACACCUGGUUGUGUCUUUCAACAAUGACUUCUGAUUUGUGCGUGGCAGAGCGGAAGGGUGGCAAGAACCUGGAUGGUGUUGCUGAGCCACUGCCUAACCAGCCGCGUAGCCGCUCCAGCUCUGGACUGUUCCUUUGGGGAAGGACUAAAUUGAUUUUUAUUCCAGUUAAAGCUCUGUUAGUGAUAACUGGAGCUAGGAAGUUACCUUUUGCAGGAGUAACGCAAUUGAGAAGUGGACCUUAGGUAAAUCACCUAUUUCGAGGUCUUAAUACAGAGACUUAUUUUCUGUAAAUUUUGAUGUAAGUAGUUUGAGCAUUAGAAACAAAUAUGUAUGUUUCCUUGAGUUGUUACGUCAUUGACCAAAGGACCUUUGGAACCCGAUAGAAUGUCAGGGAUACCUUCCUUUUUAUAAUGCAUGACACAGAUUUCGUUUAAUUUACAUUAUUCAUGGAUCAUUGCUACAAUGUUCGUUGACAAUAUAUACAGUGUAAGGUAAGGACCUACUUUCGUUUGCUUUCCAGGGAUUAGCCCGAUAGCCUACGUUAUUUGAAUAAUUUACCCUUACCACUGAGAUGAAAUGCCAUGUUUUUCAUGUGUUUUAAUCACUUGUGAAGCCUGUUUUGUUGCUCAGCACUUUUCCUCCAUACUCUUUGAGCUGAUUGUAUGCUACAUUACAGGAAUUAAAGGUCUGCUAGAUUGUA